AAUUUCUCAUAGUAAACAAACAUUCUAUUAAAAAUAAUAGAAUUUCUCGUAGUUCUGUAUUGUUUUAAGUGUAAUUGUAGUGUUUUAUUGAUUAAACAGUUAAAUAAAGUUCAAACAAGUUAAAUAAAACCCAAGAAUAUCACUCCAACAGCAGCAACAUGGAACAAGACAACAUCAACAGAAAAAUGUUGGCACUGUCCGUAAGCAGCAUCUUAAAAGAGACGGGCUUCGACUCGGCUGACAAAGAAUGCCUGGGCACCCUGACCGAAAUGAUGCAAGCCUUCAUCACAGAGUUGGGCCUCACCAGCAAGAACUACUGCGAACUGAACGGCAGGACCGAGCCCCUGAUCGCUGACGUGGUUAUGGGCUUCGUGGACAUGGGCAUCGACACCAGUGACCUGCCCAAAUAUGCCAAGGGGCAACAGCACGCCGUGUUGCCGACGCCGCAGGCCCAGGUGGCCAACAAGCAGAUGAACAUGCUGUCGGCCGGCGUGAAGCAACAGUUGCCCUCACACAUUCCGCAGCACUUCCCUCCAUUCCCAGACCCCCAUGCCUACGUUCGAACACCUACGCACAAACAACCCAUCAUCGACUACGAGUCAGUUAGGGAAAAGUCUGCCGUACAAAAGAAGGACAUCGAAAAGGCCCUGACUAAGUUUUUAGCCAAAACUAACCCCACACAUAAUUUGUUCGACAGCGAGGAAAACAACAUUUUCCCACUGAUCGAUUCCAAACCCCCGUACCCAACCUACAUGAGCGCCCUGUUCCCCCAGGAUCAAAUAUUUGAUCCCGAAGACCUAGAUUUUGACCCUAAGUCACAGAUUUUGCAACAGGUUAAGGAGGCGAAGGAUGCCAAAGCUAAAAAGAAUGUGAAGGCUGAGCCGCAGGAGGAAAAUGGGGAACCUGAAGAGGUUCUUAACACCUCGAUUAAAAGUGAGGAGGGUGCCAGCAGUAAUACCUUCAUUGACAAUCCUUAUUUGGCUGCUACUAAGUUGCCUACUAAUAAGAAUGAGAAUGGGUCUAAUGCCUAAAGAAAUUAGACCAUUAUAAUUAAUUAUAGGAGUUUAAGACUGUGAUGUUCUGUCUCUUUUGAUAAAAGAGACUUACUUUAGUUUGUAAACAGUCUGACUUGUAAAUUUUGUAAUUUAUUGCAUUAUUUUUCUAAGAAAUUAGUGUAAUUAUUGUAUUUUUAUAAUAAAAGUUUAUAAAUAUUGUACAAAGAUUUUUUUAUUAGUAUUUUUAUGGUAUUAUUUCAAUGUAAAUGUAUGAAAGUUUUAGAAUU